AUGUCGCUGAACAGCGCAGACUCGACGAAAGCUCAAUAUGGGACCCCGACCACGACGGGCGACAGUAACAAUGUCUAUGCCUCUUCCAUGCGCGCAUCAUUGCAAAAGGCAAACUUAGACGCACAUUCUCCGUAUUGCGCAUAUGCGCUCUCAUCUCUUUUCGCCUUGUGCGCCCCUUUCUCUUUUGCCAGUGCAGCUUCUUCACAGAUAGCGCGAACACAUGGCUCAUAUCCUACGGCUUCGACAUCAUCAGCGACAGCAACACGCCAAGCUGUGUCUGAAAUUUCCCAAGCCGUCUCCUCCGCCGCCGCUUCCUCUUCAUCCUCCCCCCCUUCUACAGCGGCACGCGUAGUAACCUCGCAAGGGGCUCGCGCAUGCUUCCAUGCCCUACCUCCAUUCUGGCAACUAGCCGGCUUCUCUGCCGUUUUUGCCGGAGGCGGAUAUAUGAUUUCUGCGGGGGAUUCGGUGAACGGCAGUGGGACCGUCACGGCAUGGUCGUUGAUGUACCUCUUCUUUCAUGGGUUUUCUGGUCUGCGCGGAGGAGGGGGUGGUGUCGGCGGAAGGGUGCAGCCGCUAGCGCUGCUUCUGAGUGCCGGGACGCUGACGCUGGGCACCCUGGUACACGGAAGCUACUACUUUGAUCGAACCAGUUGGAGGGGCGCCGUGCCCGGUAUGGUAGAUACUUCGAAACGAUGA